AAACGUCUUCUCCUGCUGCAAACGUCUCUGGUCAAUGACUUAACAGCAACAAAGGAUGAUCAACAAAUUGAAUUUCUUAAUUUAUGCCUGAGCUUUAAUCGCUACCCCAUCAGAGUUUUAAGUCCCACUGAGGCAUCCGUAAUUCUAAGCUGUGGCCUGGAAGGUGAUGGAGGAGCCAGCUAGAGAUCACCAACCAUAAAGGCAGAGAGAAGCUGCUUCAAAGAUAUUAAAAUGAUUCGGAUCGCCGCUCUAAAUGCUGCUUCGGCAGCCGCCGAUGAGUCCCAGGACCCGCUGAGGAGCAGCAAAAGUCAGACGAAGGAGGCUCAGGAAGCCGAGGCUUUUGCUUUGUAUCAUAAAGCUUUGGAUCUGCAGAAACACGACAAGUUCGAGGAGUCUGCCAAGGCCUACCAUGAGCUGCUUAAAACGCCGCUGCUCAAAGAGGCCAUGCCCUCAGAGGAUCAGAGAGUGGGUCUGAAGCAUCCUGGACUGAUGCUAAAAUACUCCACCUUUAAAAACCUGGCUAGCAUGGCGGCGUCGCGCGACGACUUGGAGAAAGCGAUGGAGUUUUAUUUGGAGGCCGUCAUGUUGGACUCCACCGAUGUGAACAUGUGGUAUAAAAUCGGGCAGGUGGCCGUGCGGCUGGUGCGCAUCCCUCUUGCUCGUCACGCGUUUGAGGAAGGCCUGAACUGCAACCCGGAUCACUGGCCGUGCCUGGACAACCUCAUCACCAUCCUGUACACCCUCAGCGAUUACACCUAUUGUUUAUACUUUAUUGCCAAAGCCCUGGAGAAAGACCACUGCUACACUAAAGGCCUGGUGUUAAAGGAAAAGAUCUUUAAGGAACAGCCUUGUUUGAAGAGGGACACCAUGCAAAUGUUUACAAAGUGCGACGUGUCCAUUCAUUAUGUGGAGGUUGACGAGGAGGAGCGGCGAUCCAUCAUCGAGGAGGCUCUGGAGAUCAGGAGGCGAAGGCAGGCUCUCUCCCACUCCGAACCCAAACCGGACCUCGUCCUGAUCAAGCCUAUCCACCGCUUCUCAUGGAAGCAUGUUGGUGAAAGCCUUCUAGCGAUGUACAAACAUCAGACCACCUGUGAGCCUCCACGGCCCAGCCUGGGCCGCAGAAUUGACUUGUCGGCGUACCGUGACCCCAGCUUCCCUCAAAACCUUCCUCAGCCCAGCAGCCCUGUCAGUAUGGGUCUGACCGCCGUGCUGAGCAGCCCCAGCUCCUCUCUUCCACCGGUAGCCUUCAGUGAGCCUGCAGCCGCCCCCCAGCCUGCCUCUCAGCCUCAGCUUACCCUGGGCCAGACUACUGUGGAGGUCACUACUACAGCUCCCCCUGCUGCCGCAGGCAUGGAGCUAUCCCUGGCAGACAAGGCGAAGAAGGCUCCAAAAAGAAAACGCGCGGUGGAGGACAGCGGCGAGACGGCCAAACGCCGCUCGGCGCGCGUCCGAAACACGAAAUGCAAGAAGGAGGAGAAGGUUGAUUUUCAGGAGCUUCUUUUUAAAUAUUUACCUUCCAGGUUAAAGAAGUUUGAUCCGGAUAACGAUGAUGAGAGCCUGGGGAAUCCAGAGACGCAGCCUGAUGGGAAGGAUGACGUUCAGCCUUAUCAUGGAAGCUGCUUACCAGCCGACUCGGUUGAACUGAUGGAAUCUGAGCAACAAGAUGUUCACAACUUCUUGCUCAGCAAUAUGACCAAUGGAGGAAUCCUGGAUCUGAUGAUGCGCUAUCUGAAGGCAGUCGGUCAGAAGUUCAUGGAGGAGUGGCCGCGGGGGCUGACCGCCGUGGUGCUGGAGGUCUAUCAGACCUGGAGGAAACACAGCAUGGGCCUGCCCAACCCCCUGCUCAGGGACUGCAGCAACCAGCACAUCAGGGAGAUGCUGGCGAUGAGCUUAGCCUGUAUGGAGCUGCAGCUGGAGCAGUGGUUACACAGCAAAGGAAAGAUCGGUGGAAUGAGGAGAAAUAGUUCAGGACCGAGCAGUGAACUGUCGGACGCUGAAUUCCCCGGGCAACACUUCCAGGGCGACCUGUUGGUCCUGGCCCUUGGCUCUUCCCAGAGGGACCUGUUUGAGAAUGAUUGGUUAGAUGUCAUGGUGCGAGUCUACUGGCUGAAAGCUCGCUUCCUGGCUCUGCAGGGAGAUAUGGAGUUAGCCCUCGAGAGCUAUGAUGUAUGUAUAGGCCUGCUGCAGAGCAAGCCAAAGACGGCUGAGGGGAAACAUUAUACCAUCAACCUGCCAAACCUCAGAGUAGAUGCAGCUAUCUCUGUGGAGGAGAUCGACAAGAGGCUGAAGUCGUUGGAGCGCUGUCAGUCUUUAGAGGAGAUCCAGCGUCUCUUUGAGGCUGCAGACUUUGAGUCUGUUGUUCGCCUGCUCCAACCCACUCUUAACUAUGAAAGCAGGAGCAAAGCUCUGGAGUUUGUGAGCUCCACCCCGGAGCGUCCCGCCCAGCUCAAGUUAUUGCAGAACUCCCUGUUGAAGCUGCAGAACUACCAGCAGUGCCUGGAAUGCAGCGAGCUGGCUUUGAAUGAAGCUCUGCAGCAGCUCAACUCGGCCCCUGGAGGAUCCGCUCCUACCAAGGAAGAGUGGGUCAGCACCAUAAGAAAGCUGCUGGAUGGCAUCGAAAUCUGCUUCAGCAAGGAGCCGGACCUUCUGAGCAAAAUCCCUCACUUCUCAAGCAUGGCUCGACUAGCCAACAACCUCAUCCAGCUGAUUGAUCUCAGCAUGAGUACUUCAGACGAUCCAAAGGAGCCAUACUUCUUCUCAGUCGUGCCGUGGAUUAUUUUAUACCGGAUUAUCAAACACGAGGAGGCAGCUUUCGACUGCAUGCUUCGGCAGCACAUGUCUUUAGAUGACGACGAAGAUGAACCAGAGGCGCCGAUGCUUCCCUCCUCUCUGAUGCUUCUGAGUACAGCUCAUGAGUAUCUGGGGCGUCGAUCCUUAUGCUGCAGCUCUGAUGGGGCCCUUCUUAAGUUCUUUAUCCGGGUGCUGGAGAAGGAAUUUGCAGCUUCCACCAACAGUGACUCUCAUCCGUACAAGGAGGAGCUGGAGAUGGCCUUGGAGCAAUGCUUCUUCUGUUUGUUUGCCUACCCCAGUAAGAAGAGCAAAGCCCGUUACCUAGAGGACCACUCAUCUCCACAGGUUGAGCUUCAGUGGAGCGACGCUCUUUUCAUGUUCCAGUAUUUCAAACCAAAGUCGCUGCCUGAGUUUGACAGCUAUAAGACGAGCACCGUGUCCGCAGAGCUGGCCAACCUGCUGAGGAGAUUUGCAAACAUAGCGCCCCCAAGUGAGACCCCCAUCUUCACCAUGGAUGAGGUGGCGGCGUACAUCGAGGACAUGACGGAGAAGGUGCCGUGCCUUCCAGCAGGCAGCCCCCCUGCUCCCCCGAUCAUCGAUGAGAUCUACUAUCUGUUGGCUGAUUAUCACUUCAAGAACAAGGAGCAGUCCAAAGCCAUCAAAUUCUACAUGCAUGACAUCUGCGUCUGUCCCAACAGGUUCGAUUCCUGGGCAGGCAUGGCUUUAGCCCGAGCCAGCCGGAUCCAAGAGAAGCUCAAUUCCAAUGAGCUGAAAAGCGACGUCCCAAUAUGGAAGCACUCCCAGGCCGUGCUGAACUGCUUCAAGAGGGCCUUAGAGAUCGACAGCUCCAAUCUGUCCCUGUGGAUCGAGUACGGAACCAUAUCGUACGCGCUGCAUUCAUUUGCUUCUCGGCAGCUCAAACAAUGGCGGAACGAGCUCCCUCCAGAAGUGGUCAAACAGAUGGAGGAAAGAAGAGACUCUAUGCUGGAGACGGCGUUUCAGUGUUUCCAAGGAGCCUCCCGCUGUGAGGGUGACAGUGACGAAGAAGAGUGGCUCAUUCACUACAUGCUGGGGAAGAUCGCCGAAAAGCGCAGGGAGCCACCUGUUGAAUAUCUGCAGCUGUACAAAAAGGCGGCACAAUAUCUGCAUGAGGAAGCUGCCCGGUACCCACGGAAAAUUCAUUACCACAAUCCUCCUGACUUGGCCAUGGAGGCCUUGGAGCUGCAUUUCCGUCUGAGUGCCUCCAUCCUGAAAUUAUUACAAGCUACUGAGCCCGAUCUGGAUCACGAGCUUUUGUUUAACCUGUUGGUGGAAGCAGCGACCGGGCCGUUUGCAAAGGGGGAAGAGAAGAGCAUGCCAAGCUUACCAAGGUCCAAUGAAAAAGAGAAACCCCCUACCAUGACAGAAGAAGAAUUUAACUGCUCUACGGUUUGCAUAGGCACAGUCCGCAGCCCCUCCCUACCCUCGGCUGCCACCCCAGGUGUGACUUCCCCUCCUUACGUGGCCACGCCGUUUGACCACGAUUACGCCAAACGCAAAACACUCCGAAGGCAGCAGUGGCAGCAGCAACGGCAUGAGGAGCAGCAGGCUGAUGCCUCACCAGGGUUUGACCAUGAAUACUGCCUGCCCAGGUCUGCAGUAUGGCUGGCUUCCUUCAAUGAGCAAAGUCAGGACAGCGAGGUGGUGCUGCUCUCUGACUCCAACUCCACCCAGGAUGCCUUCACAGAUCCCGCCAGCUCCCAGGACACCAGUCACAGGCCCGCCUCCGUCAAAGCCAGCCCGUCGUCAUCAGAGAGCACCACCCCAGUGAAGGACAAGCAGCCCGCCACCGAGGAAGCAGGUUUCCACAGAGACCAAGCAGGCGUCCAGACGGAAGAGAAAGUCGUUCAGGAGAAAGUCGUGACCAUGGUGGUGGAAGCCCCUGACGGAUCUGCCCCUAAGGUCCCAGCGGACCCCUGUGUCCCUGCCCUCGCCACGCCACCGAAGCCUGCCGCCUCCCAGCAGGGCGCCGCUCAGAGCACGGCCAGCGAGGGCAAGAAGAAGCCCGAGCCCCCCGCUGAGUUGAUGGAAGUGCCCAAGGCUCUGCCGGUGGAGCGGUCGGAUCAGAGGCGGAUGCUGGUGGAGAUGUGCAUCCGUGCUCUGUUCCUCUGCCUUAGCCGCUUCCCUCAGCACUACAAGAGCCUCUACCGGCUGGCCUACUUCUACAGCAACAGCAAGACGCAUCAGAACCUACAGUGGGCCAGAGAUGUGUUGCUAGGAAGCAGUGUCCCAUGGCAACAGCUGAAGCACAUGCCAGCACAAGGACUUUUCUGUGAAAGAAACAAGACCAACCUGUUCAACGGAAUCUGGCGUAUCCCAGUGGAUGAGAUUGAUCGCCCAGGAAGUUUUGCGUCUCAUAUGAACCGAUCCGUCGUCCUCUUGCUGGAGGUGCUGUCUCAGCUCAAGGAUCACAACACUCUCCUAAAAGUCUCUUUCAUGCUGCACAAAAACCCUGACCAGGGAAAGAAAUAUUUACGGGAUGUUGAUCGCCAGGUUUUGGCCAAGAGAGCAUUUUUCCUAACUGUAAAAGUCCUGGAGGAGAAUCUAAGCAGUCUCACAGGGGUGUCUGAGCAGCUCCACAAAGCGCCUGCACCCUCCAUGGGGGAGAUGACCACAACAGACACAUCCAACAGGCCCAGUUCGGAGGACAGCAAACAUACGCUGCCUAAGAGGCCUGGGCUUCCAGAAGGAGCCUGUGUCACUGAUACCGGGCCUAGGGAAGCUUCGCAGCCUCAGCUAACCUCACCACCGCUGUCAACAGAUAAAGGGAGCGUAGCUCAGGAGGGCUUCCCUGGGAAAGUGGAAACUUCUGGGAAUGAAGGGAACAAAGCAGGACCGGAUGAACCAAUGGAGAUGGAAACGUCCCUCUGGAGGAAGCCUUCCACCAUCACAGACUCUCAGGGCAACCAGACGGGGACUGAGAUCGCCUGCCUCAGCGGCUUGGAAGCCCAGCAGAAGGCGGCUGAGAUCAGCCGGGCGCCGGAGCUGUCCCUGGAGGAGCUGAGCAUCAGUUCACGGCAGCAGCAGCUGCAGGCGGCCGCGCCGAAAGCCGCGGCGGCGGCAGGUGGGACUGAUCAGGCCUCACAGCGGAAGCCAAACAGGAAAAGGAAACUUAUAGAGGAUGUAGAGUCUGGAAAAACCCUGCUGCUUGAUGCCUACAGAGUGUGGCAGCAAGGGCAGAAAAUCAUGACCUACGACCUGGGACGCAUCGAGAAGAUAAUGUCUGAGACCUAUAUGCUCAUCAAGCAGGUUGAUGAAGAUGUAGCUCUGGACCAAGCAGUGAAGUUCUGCCAGAUCCAGCUGGCUACCUCGGCACAAAGACAGCAGUCCACAGGCGACACCCCGACCACUCCCAAAUACACCAAGGAGCACAGAGACCUCUUCUUCCCCGCCUCCCUGCCAACGCCCGUCCUGGUCAGCCACACCGCCUGCCACCCGCUGCCCGGCCAGGACGGCCUGCCCAGGGCGGCCGGUGAGCCCCUCAGCAAGAUGUCCAGACCUCAGAGCUCAGGCUUCCAUGAUCAUCAGCAGCAGCACAGAAGAGCAGGUGGCCAGUCUGCUGCAGCCAACACGUUCCUCCCACCUGCAGAGGAGCGGGAGGAGCCCUCAGAGGGGCUGCUGUACCGCCAGCAGGAGUCCCACCUCUGUCAGCAGAUGAAACUGGCCACCGUCUCCCAGGGGAAAGAAGCUCCAGCUGGUUGGUUUCAGGAGGAAACUGCAACAUGUAGCUCGACGCAAACUUGUUCAGGAGUUAAAAACGUUCUUCCAGAACGUCCUCUUAAAACCUCCCUCCCAGACCAGCAGCAGUAUGCCAGCAGCGAGCAGUCCAAGCUUCCAGACCCAAGCCGAAUCCGCUCCAAAGUCCCAGCAAACAUGCCAAAGCUUCUCAUCCCUUCCACCGUCACCAAGUUCCCUCCAGAAAUCACAGUAACGCCUCCGACGCCCACGCUGCUCUCCCCUAAAGGCAGCAUCUCAGAGGAAACCAAGCAGAGGCUGAAGAACAUCAUCUUAUCCUCCCAGUCUGCGGCCACGGUGAAGAAGGACACCCUGACCCAGCCGGUGCUGGAGGUGCAGGAAACGUCCAGCCAGGAGUCGUCUCUGGAGAGCGAGUCGGACGAGGAGGACGACUACAUGGACAUCUGAGCUGAAAGCGAACUCCAGUAUCGACUGGAUCUUCCUCUGUUUUUCUUUUCUCUUUGAGAACGUGUUGAUUCCUCAGCAGCCGUCGACGCUAAUGUUCCCUCACGUGCCAUUAAAGGACAGACGAUGGCAGUAUUCCCAGCGCCCACUGCUGGACGUGUCGCUCCAUCAGACCUCUGUCCCGCAGCAUGACUGAAAUGUGCCAUGGCUGCAUAUCACAUCAGCUUCUACCACUCUCUUGCUUUACUCCCAAAAAAAAUAAUUUAAAAAGGACAGACUUUGCCUUUAACAGCUACCAGCGACAUGUUUAUGCAUCUUUUUUUGAUGUUUUGUGCUAAUUCCUUGCAGCUAACCGCUCGUCUUGAGCUCACCUACGGUGAGGUGCCUCGGUUCGAACCCGACACCCAGCAGCAUGCACUUUCUGUCGUCCACUGUUUACUCCGGCAUUGCUACACGAUGCAUUACGAAGACAGGCGGCCGCCAUGCCGGCUAACGAUUCGCCAAGCCUCAUAACCUGUAGCAGACUGAAGAUGUUUACACUGAACACUUUUCAGCUGGCAUUUAACUUUGGGCUUCUGUUCUGGGUUUUUUUGUACCGAACGUAUUUCUGGUAUUAUUUCCUCUCCUGUGUGCAUUUGUAGCUACGGAAACUCUUCUCGCCAGGAUGACGCCCUGUCACCAGCACUGAUCGGACAUCAAUGAGAACCAGAGGCUUUCAGCAAAAAAAAUAAAAAAAUAUGAGGAAUGUUGGGUUUUACAGCCGAGGUAAGAGGAGCCGAUAUGCAUGGCGAUGAGGACCCUCCCCUCCCGAUGCCUUUUCCCACCGAACUCAUUCAAGGAGAAUUUGUCACAUUUCUCGCCUAUCUCAGAGGAAGACACGCAGAAUGUUUUUUACCGAUAGUUUUCUAUAAAGAGAGAGAGAGACUGGUGUGUCUCGGGCAGCCGCGUGUGAUCGUUUUUAAAGACAAAGGGCACAAAGAAAAAAAAAAACAGCUUUUUGUUCUGUUGUUUAUUUGUUUGGGGGGGAUGGGGGGGUGCUGAAGUCCUGAGACCACUCCAGUAGAAAAUAUUCUCUGGUUCUGAACUGAACGAAUCAUUGAUGUCAAACCAAAUAUAUAUAUUUGAGAAACACGUUUGUUGUUUUGAUUCUUUAAACCAAAUCAAACCUCUUCUCGUUAUUUGAAUGUAUUCAUAGUAUGAAGGCAACUCAAUAAAUUAUU